GAACCUGUUCAAGAUGGGGUGGCUUCGCCAGCUACCCCAGGAACUGGAAAAUCUAAGCUGGAAACACUGCCAAAGGAAGAUCUUAUCAAGUUUGCCAAGAAGCAGGUGAUGCUAAUACAGAAAGCUAAAUCAAGGUGUACAGAAUUGGAAAAAGAAAUUGAAGAACUUAAAUCAAAACCUGUUGCUGGAGGAGCUGAUGAUAUUAUUAAGGCAUUGACUGAGCGGCUGGAUGCUAUUCUCUUGGAAAAAGCAGAGACUGAGCAACAGUGUGUAUCUCUAAAGAAAGAAAAUACUAAGAUGAAGGAAGAGGUUAUGGAUUCUGUAAGUAAGGUGGAAGAUAUGCACAAGGAGUUUGAAGAAUCUCAUCAAAAAUAUGUAAAAGAAAUUGAAAGUUUGAAAAAUGAAUUAUUAGCAGUACAUUCUAAACACAGUGAAGAUAAAGAUAGCUUGCAGAAGGAAUUGGAAGAAGCAGUGAAAAAGCAGUUAGAACUUUGUGAACAACUUAAAUUUCAGAGCGAUUCUGAAAAUAAUGUUAAAAACCUCCAAGAUGAGAUACAGAAAAUUAGGCCUGCCUUUGAAGAGCAAAUUUUACAUCUCCAAAAGCAGUUAGAAACUACCACUAGUGAAAAGAAGCAAGAAAUUGAUAACCUCCAAAAAGUCAUUGAGACUAAUUCUCAGGAUUACCAAAGAAAUAUUAAUAGUUUACAGCAAGAAUUUUUGCAGUUGAAAGCUACCCACCAAGAAGAACUGGAAAGUUUGAUAUGCCAAAUGGAAACCUCUGCUAAAGAACACGAAGCAGAAGUAAGAAAGUUAAAUCAACUAAAGGAAAACUUAGAAAAACAGUAUGAGGCAAAUGAGAAAAACAUUCAGGAGAACUAUCAAUGUGAAUUAGAAAACUUAAGGAAAGCCUUAAAUGGAAACCAAGAAAAACAGAUGUGCCCUGUGCUUUUGCAAGAAGAUACUGUUGCAGAACAAGUAGUGAAUGAAAAGAUCAAAAACUUAGAAGAUACUUUAAAAGAACUAGAAUCCCAACAUAGUAUCAUGAAAGAUGAAGUUACAUACAUGAAUAAUCUCAAAUUAAAACUUGAAAUGGAUGCCCAGCAUAUAAAGGAUGAGUUUUUCCAUGAACGUGAAGACUUAGAAUUUAAAAUAAAUGAACUGUUACUAGCUAAAGAAGAACAGAGUGGGGUAAUUGAAAAACUAAAAUCUGAGGUAGAAGAUUCAAAUAAACAGUUCUGUUGUAUUGUAGAACAACAUAAAAAAGAAGUACAGAGUCUUAAAGAACAACAUCAAGAAGAAAUAGCACAAUUAAAUGAAACGUUUCUGUCGGAUUCUGAAAAAGAAAAAUUAACAUUAAUGUUUGAAAUACAAGGUCUUAAGGAGCGAUGUGAAAGUCUACAGCAAGAAAAGGAAGACGCAAUCUUAAAUUAUGAGAGUUUGAGAGAAAUGAUGGAAAUUUUACAAACAGAACUGGGGGAGUCUGCUGGAAAAAUAAGUCAAGAAUUUGAAUCAAUGAAACAACAGCAGGCAUCUGAUGUCCAUGAACUGCAGCAGAAGCUCAGAACUGCUUUUAAUGAAAAAGACGCCCUUCUUGAAACUGUGAAUUGUCUCCGGGGGGAAAAGGAAAAAUUACUAGCGCAACAAGAAGUACUACCACAACUUGAAAAUACCGUAAAGAACCUUCAGGAAAAGAAUGAAGAGUAUUUAAUAAGUCUCAAUCAUAAAAAUACCAUUGUACAAGAAUUAGAAGCAAAGAUAAGUUCUCUAAGUGAGGAAAAAGAUAGCUUAAUAAGUAAAAUUAAAAAUUCUUUUGAAGAGGUGGAUGAUCUCCAUAAACAAUGUGAAAGAGGAGAAGAAUUGGUUACAGAGUUAAGGGAGAAAGUCACACAAACUACCCAGCACAAUAGUGAACUGAAACAAAAGAUAAAUGAAUUAACAGAAGAACUAGAAAAGACUUUAAAAGAAAAGGACCAAAAUAACCAGGAACUAGAAAAACUUGUGAUUCAAAUGACAAUGCUCUAUCAAGACCAAGAAGUGUUGUCAUCUGAAGUGAAGUCUCUUUCUGAGGAAAAGAAUAGACUGAGUUCAGAGAAGAGCCAGUUGUGUAGCAAUUUGGAAUCUCUUCUAUCUGAAAAAGAAGGGAAUGUGAACUUACAAAAACAGAUUGCCGAGUUAGAAAAGAAAUUUCAGUUAACAGUUGAAGAGCGAGAUAAUUUAAGUAAACUAUUAGAAAAUGAGCAACUUCAGAAGUUAUUUGUAAAAACUCAGUUAAAUGGUUUUCUUGAGGAAAUAGGGUCAAAACUUACAGAAGAAAAUAGAGAAGAUGAUGUUGCAGAUGUCCUACAAGUUGUACGUGAAUCUUUAGCAAAAAUAAAUGAGGAAAAACAUAACUUAGUGUCUCAGUAUAAUGAAAGGAUAUUAGAGUUGGAAAAAGAGAUUGAGUGUGGUCAAGAGGAGCACAUAGCUCAGCGUAAGGAACUUAGGGCUUUGCUACAAGACUGUGAGCAAGAGAAAGUGCUUCUGAAGAAAGAGUUAGAAGAAGCCUUGUCAGAAAAACAAGCUUUGCAGUUUGAUCUUGUAGCAAUGAAGAAUGCUAAUGAAAAAUCAAGGCUUGAAAACCAGGAUCUGUUAAUUAAAAUUGAAGAAGCAUCUCAAAAAUUAUUAUAUAGUAAAAAUGAAGUCCGUAAUGAAAAAGAAACCUCAUUUAUCAAGGAACAUGAAGAUCUAAGACCAUUAUUAGAAGAAAAAGAAUCUGAAUUACAACAUGUAAUAGCAGAACUGGCACUACUAAAGGACUCCUUAGAGAAAUCAUCUUCUGUAAAAAAUGAUCACACUUCAGUAAAAGAACUGGAAGAAAAAAUAGAAAAUCUGGAAAAAGAAACCAAAGAAAAAGAGGAGAAAAUAAGUAAGAUAAAAUUAGUUGCUGUGAAGGCAAAGAAAGAACUUGAUUCUAGCAGAAAAGAGGCCCAGGCUCUAAAGGAAGAACUUGAAUCUGUUCGAUCAGAAAGGGAUCACCUGUCUACUUCCAUGAGAGAUCUUAUUCAAGGAGCAGAAAGCUAUAAGAAUCUUUUAUUAGAGUAUGAUAAACAGUCAGAGCAGUUGGAUAUGGAAAAAGAGCGGUCCAGUAAUUUUGAACAUCUCAUAGAAGACCUUACAAAACAAUUAAGGAAUUCAACUCUCCAGUGUGAAAAACUAAAUUCUGAUAAUGAAGAUCUCCUGGCUCGAAUUGAGACACUCCAGUCUAAUGCUAAGUUAUUAGAAGUACAGAUUUUAGAAGUUCAGAGAACUAAAGCCACAGUAGACAAGGAGUUAGAAACUGAAAAACUUCAGAAAGAACAGAAGAUGAAGGAACAUGCCAGUACUUUAAGUGAGCUUGAAGAACUGCAAGUACAACUUCAAAAGGAAAAGAAACAGCUUCAGAAAACUAUGCAAGAAUUAGAGCUGGUCAGAAAGGAUGCCCAGCAAACCACACUGAUGAAUAUGGAAAUAGCUGAUUAUGAACGUCUGAUGAAAGAACUAAAUCAAAAGUUGACUAAUAAAAACACCAAGAUUGAAGAUUUGGAACAAGAAAUAAAAAUUCAGAAACAGAAACAAGAAACCCUACAAGAAGAAAUGACUUCACUACAGUCAUCAGUGCAGCAAUGUGAAGAAAAAAACACCAAAAUCAAGCAAUUGCUUGUGAAAACCAAAAAAGAACUGGCAGAUUCAAAACAAGCAGAAACUAAUCACCUAAUGCUUCAAGAAUCUUUGAAGAGUGACUUGGAAAAAAGCCAACAGCAAGUUGAAGUUUAUAAAAUUCAGCUGGCAGAAAUAACAUCUGAGAAACACAAAAUCCAUGAGCAGCUGAAGACCUCUGCAGAACAGCACCAGCGUACACUGAGUGCUUACCAACAAAAAAUCACUGCCUUACAAGAAGAAUGCCACACUGCUAAGGCAGAACAAGCGGCUAUAACUUCUGAUUUUGAAAGCUACAAAGUCCGAGUUCAUAAUGUUCUAAAACAACAGAAAAAUAAAUCAGUAUCCCAGGCGGAAACAGAGGGAGCUAAACAAGAAAGGGAACACCUGGAAAUGCUGAUUGACCAACUAAAAAUCAAAUUACAAGAUACUCAGAAUAAUUUACAGAUUAGUGUAUCUGAACUUCAGACAUUACAGUCUGAACAUGAUACUCUGCUUGAAAGGCACAACAAGAUGCUGCAGGAAACCGUGUCCAAAGAGGCAGACCUCCGAGAAAAGUUGUGUUCAGUACAGUCAGAGAAUAUGUCACUGAAAUCUGAACAUGAGCACACUGUGAGUCAGCUCACAUCCCAGAAUGAGGUCCUGCGCAACAGUUUCCGUGAUCAAGUACGUCAUUUGCAGGAAGAGCACAGAAAAACAAUGGAGACUUUACAGCAGCAGCUUUCCAAGGUGGAAGCUCAGCUCUUCCAGCUUAAGAGUGAACCUGCCACACGGAGCCCAGCCUCUUCGCAUCAACCUUUGAAGAACUUUCGAGAAAGGAGAAACCCAGACCUUCCCCUUCUGGACAUGCAUGCCAUAACCAGGGAGGAAGGAGAAGGAAUGGAGACAACUGAUGUUGAGUCUGUGUCAUCCACCAGCACUCACACACAGUCUUUAGAGCAACUUCUUAAUUCUCCUGAAACUAAGCUUGAGCCUCCUUUAUGGCAUGCUGAAUUUACUAAAGAAGAAUUGGUUCAGAAACUCAAUUCUACCACAAAAAGUGCCGAUCACUUAAAUGGCCUGCUACGGGAAACAGAGGCAACAAAUGCAAUCCUUAUGGAGCAAAUUAAGCUUCUCAAAAGUGAAAUAAGAAGAUUAGAAAGAAAUCAAGAACGAGAAAAGUCGGUUGCUAACCUGGAAUACCUGAAAAAUGUCUUGCUACAGUUCAUCUUUCUUAAACCAGGCAGUGAGAGAGAGAGGCUGCUUCCUGUUAUAGAUGCAAUGUUGCAGCUUAGCCCAGAAGAAAAAGGAAAAUUGUCUGUAAUUGCUCAAGGUGAGGAAGAAAAUGCUUCCCGUUCCUCAGGAUGGGCAUCCUAUCUGCAUAGUUGGUCUGGACUUCGGUAG